UCCAACAGAAUGCAGCCAAAUGUACUGAAUUCUAUAAAACUAUACGGUAGCACAAGAUAAUUGUCUGAUAUGUUUUGUCCCCAGCAUCCACACUUGAAUCCUCCGCCGUUCACACAACACCGCCAAUCAUCACCCCUCUAUGCUUGAUAAUAUGGCAGCGUCGAGUUCCCGAGCAGGAGGAAUGUUAUGGAGAGAGGCAGAAAUGUGGUCCGAACCUCAAAAGGUGCCUGUGUUGUAUUAUCUGUCCAGGAAUGGGCAGCUCGAGCACCCCCAUUUCAUGGAGGUUCCUCUCUCCUCUCCCCGCGGCCUCUUUCUCAAAGAUGUAAUCAACCGCUUGAAUGCGCUUCGCGGGAAAGGCAUGGCGUUCAUGUAUUCCUGGUCUUGCAAAAGGAGCUACAAAAAUGGUUUUGUAUGGCACGAUUUGUCGGAGAAUGAUCUAAUCUUCCCGGCGCACGGCCACGACUACAUUCUCAAAGGAUCGGAGAACGCGUUUCUCGACGUCGGAUCUCCGCCGCCGGACGACAGGCGGCGGCGCAACCAGUCGUGCAGCUCCAUCGACUUCGAGUACAGCGUCUACAAUCGCGAGUGCUCCAGCAAACCAGCCGCCGCCGACGUCUCAACACAGACGGAGAUCGAGAUCUCGCCGCCGCCGUCCGAUUCGAGCCCUGAGACCUUGGGCACCUUGAUGAAAGCGGACGGGCAGGUGAGGCUACGGCCGGCGGCGGCGGCGAGCAGCAGCCAUCGCCAUCAUCACAUCCAGCGGUGUCGAUCGUCAGCACUGCUGAUGCAGCUGAUCUCGUGCGGUUCUAUGCCGUUUAAGGACUGUGGGACCGGGGCCGGGGGGCAGGGGAUGAUCGGCGGGCAGCACAAGAUGAGGGCGUCACGUGGCGAGAGCGGAGGUGGGAAACUGGAGGAGAAGGAGUAUUUCAGCGGGAGCUUAGUGGAGACAAACAAACGGGAAUUCCCUGCUCUCAAACGCUCCAAUUCUUACAAUGCAGACCGGAGCCUAAAUUUGGAAGUUGCAGAGAAAGAGACGGAAAAGCUGAAAGCGAAAUGCAUACCAACAAAAACCAAGGCGCACCCAUCCACCAGAAAAGAAGGCAGUAUUAGUAUUAGUGCCAUUGAUGGUUAUACCUAAUAUGAGGGUAGGUAGUAAAAUUUCUUGAAUUGUUAUGGUGGUAAUUACCUUGUCAUUUUCCAUAUUCACCAGCAGAUCUAGAUUAUCUUUCACACUACGGUAACAAAUUUAAUGUAAUUAUAUCAUGGCCGUAACACAGCCAUCUAGAGACAGAGAGAGGGUGAAGCGACCAUAAAUGCUUGAGAAAAUUCAUCCACGGAGACUAAUCUAU